UUUAAGCAUACGCCUGAUUCAUAACCCCUUGAACGUCAUGGACAACGUUAUUGUAAUAUUUAUCACGGUACUGUUAACCAUAAACUGUAGUGCUUUGCCGAUAACAUACGAUUACGAAGCAACUGAAAACCAUCACGUAGAAUAUCUAAAGGAGUUCGGUUGGUUCGAGGAAGGAACUGAUGACAUAGAUGAUGAUGUUGAUCUUAGUUUAAAAAUUGAGGAAUUUCAAGAGUUUGCAGGAUUAGAAGUGACGGGAACAUUUGACGAACCGACCAUUGAGAAAAUGCACGCACCGAGAUGCGGAGUUCCCGACGAAGUUACUGACCGGCGAAGACGGGACACGUUUCAAGGAUCUAUGUGGGAACAAACUAGUUUGACAUAUUAUAUCGGUAACUUGACCACAGACCUCGAAUUCUCUCAAAUCAAAGAAGGUAUAGAAUAUGCAGUGAGACUUUGGUCCGACAACAGCGCCCUCAUGUUUACAGAAGUUGAUCGAAGAGCUGACGCUGACAUCAAGUUCGAUUUCGUAAUGAAGAGACAUGGAGAUGAACGAGAUUUCGAUGGUCCAGGAAAAGUGUUAGCCCAUGCCUUCUUUCCUAAUGAAGAAAAACGAGGUCAAACCCACUUCGACGAGGAUGAAACGUGGUUGGCGCUUACAGAACAAAACGACCCCAUUGGAACAAAAUACAAUGUAAUGAUUGUUGCCGCCCAUGAGAUAGGUCAUGUUCUGGGCUUAAAACAUACUUCCGCAAACACCGAUUCUUUAAUGAAACCAUGGCCAGUAGGAUACCAUGACAACUUCCAUCUACCAUCCGAUGACGUCACAGCAAUCCAAACAUUAUACGGCAAGCCAGGUAACAUGUUAAAUGUUGACUUGUGUAGUCGGGGUACGAAGGUUCAGUUUGAUGCAGUGCUUCAAGGACCACAACAAAGGACGCUAUUUUUCUCAGAUAUUUACUACUGGGAAAUAAUCUCAACGGGCAUCAAACAAGGGCACCCCAAGUUUCUCUUCGAUCUUUUUCCUUCUCAUAUGGCUGAACAGCUCGCUGGAAUGGACGCCAUUGUCAUGUCAUCGAAAACUCACAAAAUAUACGUUUUCAAAGGCGAUGUCUUUUGGCGGUUUGACAGCAACUUUGAGCUUGACGCAAAUUACCCAAAACUGAUUAUAGAAACCAGAUUGCCAGAUCACGUAGACGCUGCAUUUGAAAAAGACGGUCAAAUCUAUAUUGUCAGGAAAAAGAAGGUCUUCCUAUUCGAUGAAGAGGAACAAAAGUCCUCCCAAGUUAGGAAACUGAAGAAUGUAUUUACUGGUGUUCCAAAGGGACUUAAUGCAGCUCUGACUUGGACAAACGGCCACUCUUAUUUCUUCAAGAAAGAUAAAUACUAUAAAUUCGACGAAGAUCUAGGAAAGGUAGUAGACGGAUACCCAAAACCAAUAAGAGGAUAUUGGUUUUGCUUGUAGAAAGUGAGCCUCGUAUCAUGUAUCAUGUAAGCUAGAUCUAACUUCGUUGCGCUGUACCGUACCACAUUUAGUAUGACUGCAUUGUUAUAACAUUAAUAUGUGUGUGUAUUUACCGGUACCUUAAUAUGCAUUGUGAAAUAGCUUUCUUUUUCUGUGUAUGUAAUGACUAGAUGCGUUCUUGUGAAAGCAUCGUUGUGAGAUUAGUAUGCCUUUCGUGUGUAUGUAGACUUGUUUGUUCGAAUGCAUUGAAAGAAUAGUUAAUCUGUCGUACAGUAGGGGCCUAUUGUAAUGACUAGAUGUGUUCGUGUAAAUGCAUUAGUUUUUUUUUCUCGUUAUGUAAUGACUAGAUGCGUUCGUGUAAGGCAUCGUUGUGAUCCGACUAUGUAAGUGUGUAAAUAUAAAUUAAUUGAUAGGAUAGGCCUAUUGCUUUACUAUAAACUUGAGCGGGUUAGGUGUAAUUGUGUGUGAAUUUGUUUUACAGUGUAGGGGGAGGGAGGAAGCGGGGAUUUAUAUAUGUGAUCAUGUGUAUUUACUUUUAAAUUAGUGCCAUUGAAAGUAGUAUUUAUGUGAAGUGAUUAUUUAUUGCCGAAUAUUUAUCCAACGAAUUAUUUAUAUUAACGGAAUUAUUUAUAAAUAUUUAUAACUUAAUUGCUAAUUCAAUACCUAUUAAACGAAAUUGAUUUGCAGUCUA